CUAACGCAUAUCAGCGGAUCCCUGCUUUAGUGAGCGCGGGGCAUUUCCUUUGCUGGCUUCUUGUUGGAGACGGCAACUUGGUGCCCCCAAAUCCCCCAAACCUCCCAAGUCUCUCAAGCCUCUCAAGCCUCCUAAGCUUAAUCGCCGACGGUCGGUGAACAGCGCUCAUCGUUAGUACCUAUCAUUAGUACUUGUCAAUAGACUACUACUCUCGGAUUCAACUGCCUAACCGUCGUUGCCCGUCAUCUAUCCAGGGCGUCUUUUACCUUUUUGUUAUCAUCUUUCCUAAGCCGUCGUGUUUUAUUUUCAUUUAUUUUCUAAACAAGAUGUCGGGCCAUAACUGGCAACGUAGCAACGACUCUCGGCGGGUCGCUAAUUCUGCUGCAAUGCGGCCUGCAUCCGACCAACAGCGCCAACGAAGCCAACGAAACGAUGAAUCAUGGGUUGAGGUGGCCUCGCACCCUUCCUCGUCCUCCGUCUCGUCUAUCGGAGACGAGAUCGUCACUACGGGGCUACAAGUGGGCUCCUCUCACAACGCUCGAAGGCGACGACGUUUACAUCCGCAGUCUUAUGCCCGACCCAACGCUCGACAACCCACUUUUGUUGCCGCCCAGGCUGGUCAGGCUGGUCAGGCUGGUGCAAGCAGCAGUCAAGAGGAGUACGAAGAGAGCGAGAGCGAGGACGACCGAGUUUUAACCAGCUCCGCCGAGAAUAUUACUUCCCCUCGACCUACUGGGACCACUCCUCUGCGACACUCGGCUCAGCCCGUUGAGGAUGAAUCGAGUGACGACGACGACGAUCGUGCGACGGCGCUGGCUCAACGCCCUUCGGAGCCGUUUCAACCUCAGCCAAAUGCAUUCUCGCACCCGCCUUCGCAUCUGACCCACCGACACUCGGCGAGCUCGACCAUGCCUCAGCAUCACCGGCCGUCCUUCGGCCAGCGAUCCCAGACUCGCAUCGACCGCCGCGCCCCUAAUUUUAUGUCGCCGCACUACCAGGCUGAUAACGAUGCGGCACUGCGUGCCAGUUUGACGACCCUGCUUAGCUGUGCAGCAGCAGCAGGUAAGCGAACCAAGGAUGGCGAAAAGCAAAUGGAUGAGCGUUCUCCUGCAGCCGCUGGGAACCAACCUGUGGAGCUGCGUUUCGUUCCCGAGAGCGAACUAAUGGCCCCACCGCCGCCGGCCCAGACACAAGCCGGCCAGUCGUCUAGAACAAACCCACCAGCGACUACAGCUCGCGAAUCGGCAGGCGAGAAGGUUAAGCGAGCGGCCACACCCACACCCGCUACAAAAUCGCCGCGGGCAACCAAGAAGAAGAGGACCAAUGUGGCUUCGGGCGAGGAUGCUCUCAUUAGCCCAACCCUUCUGACGUGGGUUGUAAGUGCCGGCGUUGUCGUUCUUGUCUCCGUCGUAGGCUUCGGGGCAGGCUACGUUAUCGGAAGAGAAGUCGGUCGCCAGGAAACCCUCGGCAGUCUGGGCACCAAUGCCAGCGCUGUGGCCGACGGAAGUAAUUGCGGAAGAGAUGUGAUUAGAAGCGGCAGUGGAACUCUGAGAAGAUUCCGCUGGGGCACUGCAAUGGGCAGAAGCGUGGCUGCUUGAGAUGCAAAGCAUAGUCGGAACACGAAACUGGACUUGAUAUUAUCGCUUUUGCAUUGAGAUUCGAGAAGCGGAUGGAUUGGCGUAUUGACGUGUUACGAAUCGAUGACCCGCGGUUCACGACACCGUGUGCAUUUUUGCGGUCGGCAACCUCAUCAGUUUGACACCUGCCGGAGUAGAGUAGGACGCUGGUCUAUAUUAUAGGUGUUGUUAAAGCUGGUUGUUUCUGAUGCUUGGGGAGAUGGAGAUAUACCGAAGUCAUCCAUGAGCAUUGUUCUUAUACCUGGUUGGAGUUGGGGUUGAUAUAUUUGAGCGAUAUGACGGCUAACUAGUCGAGCGGACGUGAGUAUAUCGUUGACAUAAUCAUGGAAACGAUGGUGUAGCAGUUAGACUAGGACGAGUUGACAUACGUUUGUUUCGUUCAUGUUUGGGAUCUUGCAGAUGUGGCUGGGAUUGACGGGUUUAUGAUUAGGGUAUCUUUAAUUGAAAUGGAAACAUAUUUAACAUAGAUUCUGAAUUACUGGUGAGAAGAAA